AUGGACAAAGACGAGUCGGACCGGCUGAUAGAGAAGGCGAAGCUCUUGUUAAGGUCCGGGCGGAAGGAGCGAGCGCUGCAGUUGCUCUAUGAAGCCCAGGAUAUCUACCCCAGCACCCGGGCCAGAGUGCUGAUUGACGCCAUACUUAAAAAUGGAAGCAACGCUGCUCCAGAAGCAAACCACGUGCCCCCGCCCAAAGGUUGGAGAGACGAGGACUGUGGAAGUGCAGAGAAAACACCCGCAAGCGGCGAUGACAAGAAGAGCUACACAGAAGAGCAGCGCCAGGGUGUUCUCAGGAUUAAGAAUUGCAGAGACUUCUAUGAAAUUCUUGGAGUUCCUAAGAAUUCCAGCGAUGAAGAUCUGAAGAAGGCGUACAGGAAGCUGGCCCUAAAGUUUCACCCGGAUAAGAACUUUGCUCCAGGGGCCACUGACGCAUUCAAAGCCAUUGGCAACGCAUACGCUGUGCUCAGCAAUCCAGAGAAGAGGCAACAGUACGAUCAGUAUGGCGAUCAGCCGACAGCAGAGAGCGCACCCCAACAUACCACCCACCACCGCCACUACAGAAAUUUUCACAGAGACUUCGAGGCCGACAUUUCCCCCGAGGAACUCUUUAACAUUUUCUUUGGAGGACGUUUCCCCACAGGGAACGUUCACGUGUACACCAAUCAGGGAGCCUCCUACUCUCAGUUCUACCAGCCGAGACGACGACGGGCUUACGAGAGACGUGAGGAUGUGGCGGAAGACAACCCGAGUCAACAGAACAAUUUCACAGCCCUGCUGCAUCUCCUCCCUGUUCUGGUGCUGAUCCUCAUCUCGGUGUUCACUCAGAUGAUGGCCACCAACCCGCCUUAUAGUCUCUUCUAUAAACCGAGCCUGGGCCUGGUGGUUUCCCGGGAAACGCAACACAUGGGCGUGCCGUACUACGUGGAUAAAGGUUUUGAGAAAGAAUACCGCGGCGACGCCCUGAAUGAGUUGGAGAAGACCAUAGAGAGUGACUACAUCGAACACUUGCAGAGUAGCUGUUGGAAAGAGAAACAGCAGAAAUCGGAUUUGAUGAACCUUGGACAGCUGUACCGAGACGAGCGUCUAAAGCAGAAGGCGGAGUCCAUGAGGCUAGACAACUGCGAAAAGCUGCACAGACUGAUCGGACGACAGAAAGCAAAAUAA